GAAGACCUGGCAACCUGGCAGCAAGUAUGAGGAAGUGAAUCACCAGGGUUAUAUAACUUAAAAACAAACUCUACAAGAGAAAAAAAGCAUUGUUAUGAAAACAAGAAAUGAAGGCCUGAAUAUGUCAGAUCAAAGCACACAGCAUGAGUUGAUGGUGCAGGGAAGGAAUUCCCCUAUAUCAUGUCCUGACAUCAAGCUAUCUGAGAUAAGAAUGUUAAUGAUUGGGGGUCGCCAGUUAAUGGGAGAGGUAGAAGCAAGUGGAAAAAGUUCAGCGGGAAACAUAAUUUUGGGGAGAAAUGCUUUUGACAUUAGUAGAAGAACUGCACGAUCUGUUGAAGCUACAGGAGACGUGCAUGGAAGACAUCUGACUGUGGUGGACACACCAGGCUGGUGGUGGCAUUACUCAGUGGAAUACACUCCUAAGUUUGACAGACGGGAAAUCAUAAGAAGCCCAACACUAUGUCUUCCUGGACCUCACGCCUUCCUUCUGGUCAUACCUGUAGAUUUAGCAUUUCCGAAUAUCUAUAGAAUGACUCUGGAACAACAAAUUAAGUUUUUGUCUACUGAGGUCUGGAAACACAUUAUUGUGUUGUUCACUUCUACUGAGCCAUGUGAUGAGAGCUCUAUGAAAAACAAGGUCAGAAAAUGGCCAGAUCUCCAACAGCUAUUAGGGAGGUGUCACAACAGAUACCACAUUCUUAAUAUUAACAACCAGAGUGACAACACUCAAGUGAUCACACUGCUGGAAAAGAUCGAGAAAAUGGUGGCUCAAAACACUGGUCAUCACUUUAAAAUUGGCAGAAACAUCUAUGUAGCAGAUGAGAGAGAGAAGGUAAAUAGAGAAAGAGCGCAUCAAAGAAUUCUUGCUGUGAAAAGGCAAAGAGCUGAACUCAGAGCAAAGAUCAGAGAUGGGCCACAGCAUCUGACUGAUAUAAGGAUUGUGAUACUUGGAGCAGCAUGGGCUGCAAGGAGUUCUGCAGGCAACAUCAUUCUGGGAAAAGAAGCUUUUAAAGUUGAUGAUUCAAGAACAACAGUGUGUUGUGAGGUAGAACAUGCUGAAGUGUACGGGAGGCAGUUGACCGUGGUUGACACUCCAGGCUGGUACUGUAACGUUCAUAUUGAGAGCACUUCAGAGCUGGACAAACUGGAGAUUAGACGUAGUGUCUGUUUAUGUCCACCAGGUCCACAUGUUAUUCUAUUAACUAUUCCCAUUGCUAUAACGUAUAACAAGAUUUAUAACAAGGUUUUGGAGGAACACAUGGAACUCUUAGGAAAGAAGGUCUGGAAUCAUACACUUGUGCUGUUUACCAGAGGAGACUGGCUUGGAGAUACAGCCAUUGAGGAACGUAUUGAAAAUGAGGGAAAACAACUGCAGUGGCUUAUUAAAAAGUGUGGGAACAGAUAUCACGUCUUUAACUGUAAGCAGAACACUGACAGCACACAAGUCUUGGAACUGCUUGCAAAAAUUGAGGAAAUGAUGAUGGAGAACAAUGGUUGUCAUUAUGUACCAGAAACAGACAGCAAUCCAUCCACAGAGCUUGAGAUAAAGAUGAAAAUUGCCAAAAGAAACAUGAGGAAAGUGAGAAGGCAAAGAGAUAUCCUUCAAGAGCUGCUGAAGGAAAGGAAAUACACUCUCUCAGAUGUGAGGAUUGUUCUUCUCGGAGGAGAAAGAGUUGGAAAAAGCACGUCAGGAAACAUCAUUUUGGAAGGACAUUUAUUUGAGAAAACGACAGAAGAGGAUUUUAUUAUCCGCACAAGAACAAUGCAAUGUGUGAUGAAACAGGGGAAAACUGAAGGAUAUCAGGUGUCGGUGGUGGACACACCUGGCUGGUCCACAUCAUCUCUGGAAAAUGCGAAGGAAAUCUUACACAGUGUGACCGUUUGUUCUCCAGGACCUCAUGUAUUCCUGCUAGUGUUGCCUGUACAUGAAUCGUUUACAAAAAGAUCUCAACAAACAGUGGAGGAGCUCAUGAGCCUGUUUGGUGACACUGCUUGGAAAUAUACUAUAAUAUUAUUCACUUAUGGACACUGGUUGAUGGACAGAACAGUUGAGGAGUACAUUGCGUGUGAAGGAGAAGCUCUGCGAGAGUUGAUAGAAAGAAAAUGUGGAAACCGAUAUCAUGUGCUAAAUAAUGACUGGACAAAUAGAUUUCAAGUGAAAAAUCUGCUCAAGAUGAUCGAACAAAUGGUGACUAGAAACAGAGGUGAAUAUUUUACACUAGAAAACAGAGCUAGCAAUCCAACAACAGUGCAUCAGAUGUUUAAUGAGACGUUGGAAGAGGAGUGGAAAAAACAUGAAGAUGAGCUCAUAGAGAGGAUGUUGGAGGCAGCAACAGCGGAUCUAAAUGAAGAAACCGAGCAGUUCUGUCACAAACGAAGAGGAAGCAUUAAGUGCUCAAUCCCAAAUAUGAGUGGAGAUUCACUGUUAGAUGGAACCAGUUUAGUUGGAGCUGAUAUCCUGGACCCCAAUGACAAAGUGUGUCGAUGGCUCAGACCUAGACAUGCAGCAUCGUCUGGACACGGCACCAUGAGCACUACAUCAAGUUUUCAAGAUCCGAACAGGGAAAGUCUGAAAGAUGAAAUUCCACUUCACAAACACAAUUCCAGAGACGUGGACAAUAUGAAAUAUUUCACAAACAUAACCGAGCAAAAGCAUAGAAGAACAUUGUCUUUUUAAUCACAAGUUAACUAUCGACCAUUAUAUGUCCCAGGGAUUUUUGAGAGUUAGUUAUUAGAAAAUGUAACGUUUUUGCUUUUUUGUAAUGAAAGUCACAAAUAGAUAGGCAUGUAGAUGUAGAGGAAAGUAGAUAUAUAUUAUCAUAUAUUAGAAAAGGAAGUUCAGUAAAAGUUAUUAAGUAAUGUUGAUACUAAUAUAAGAUGCACCAACAUAUUUAUACCUUUUUAAAUCCUUAAAUAACUAUUCAUUGUGAUGCAUGUUUGAGUUCGUGUGAGGAAAGGAAGAGGACAAGGGUCGGCUGGACUGCUGACGAGUUUAUUAUAACUUAUAUAUUUAUUAUAUAUAACCAAUGGUGACUUUUACUUUGACAACAAUAUACUCUAACGCAUAUCACUUCCGGGUGACUCCUUCCGGUUCUCAGGUCACGUGAGAGGGGGUUCAGCGAAAAAUCGGCAGCUGUCAGCAGGAAGUGGCUGUCACUGGCAGCAGGAAGUGGCUGCCAAUAAAACCGGAUGGCAGCUGUCGCUAAUACCCGGAAAUUGGAGGAGGCUGCCGGCGGCAACAAGACAAAUAAUCAUAAGUGUAUAU